AUGAGUGCUUAAAACGAAGGAUAGUUAGAAAAUAAAAUUGAUGAAAAUAAUGGAGAAAGCUUUGAUGAUAAUAUAACUAAAGGAGAUCAAAAUGCAUUGUAAAGUUAAAAAAUCAGCUUUUAAGAGUUGAAGUAGCUUGUCAAUUCAAUUGAUGAAUAGAAUAUUGAUCCUUCUAAAUACUUUGAAAUAAAAUAAAUGGCAAAUACUUUACUAAAUAGAGCUAAAAGAGUUAGAAGAUAGUAAGGAGUGGAAGUUAGAGUAGAAUAAGAUAGAUAAAUGUUAGAGAAAACUGCUCUCGCUCAGAAAAAGAAAAAAGAAAAUUAAGAUAUUUUAAAAUAGCUUUCUGAUUUUGGAAAAUAAAAGGCAAUUGAAUAUAAAUAAGACCCUUCUUUAGCGAAAAGAAAAAAUGAUUUUAAUCAACAAGAUGAGUCAUAAGAUGAUGAAGAAUAUUAGUUUAUUGAAAGCGAUAUUUCUAAAAAAAUUAAAACAUCUUAAUAAAAUAAUUAGGAAUCUAUGGAUUAAGAAGAUUAAUAACUGAGAAAGGAUGGCUCAUUAUUCCAUUUAAAUAAGCCAAAAAAAUGCUAUGUUUGCAGGUAAUUAUAUAGAAAAGUACACCCUCAUUAUCAUUCUAUGUGCCUAGAUUGUGGAAACUUCAACUAUAAUAAAAGAAUAGAAUAAAAAUAUGAUUUAACAGGAAAAGUUGCAAUAAUUACAGGAGGUAGAAUUAAAAUUGGCUAUUUAACUUCAUUAUUGCUCCUUAGAAAUAAUUGUGUUGUCCAUGUUACUACACGUUUUCCAAAAGAUGCACUAGAGAGAUACAAAAAAGAGACUGAUUAUGAUUCUUUUAAGGAUAGAUUAUUUAUUUAUAGUUUAGAUUUCAGAAAAAUUAGCUCGGUAAUUGAGUUUUGUGACUUUUUUAAAGAAAAGUUUGGAAAACUUGAUAUUCUGAUAAAUAAUGCAGCAUAAUGUGUAAAAAGAGAAGCAUCUUACUUUAAAUAUUUAAUUGAUGUUGAGUCCAAGCCUUUGAAAGAGUAUUCUGAUUCAGAUUUAAAAGUCUUACAAAAUGAUUUAGAACUUAAACAGUAUGAAGCAGAUAAAAUUAAGUAAUUAAAUUCUACUCAGCUGGAAAAUGUUUCCUCAGCUGACUAAGAUCUAUAAACAGUAGAUUCACUUCAAUAAAAUAAUAUUGAAAAACAAUUAAUGUAAAUACAAUAAACUUAAGAUCUAGCUUUUUGCCAUUUUUCUGAAUCUGUGUUGAUGAAUGUUAAACCUGUUUUAGAAGGACAAAAGACAGAAAAGGAUAAGCUUUAUCCUGAAGGUGUAGUUGAUUCAAACGGAAUACAAGUAGAUCUUGCAUCUAAAAAUUCAUGGAACUCGAAACUAGAUGAAGUGCCUUUAUUUGAAUUUAUGGAAACUUAAGUAAUUAAUGCAUGGGCUCCUUUUGUUUUAUGCCAAAAAUUAAAAGAUUGCAUGACUAUUACACCUGAACAGUAAAAAGAAUAUAAAUUUAUUGUAAAUGUAUCUUCAGUUGAAGGUUAAUUUCACAUGAGAAAUAAACCAGUAUACCACCCCCAUAAUAAUAUGUCCAAGGCAUCAUUAAACAUGCUUACCAGGACAACAGGACCUUAAUAUUCUUAAGAGUAUAACAUUUUUAUGACUUGUGUCGAUACAGGUUGGGUUUCAAAUGACAUGAUUCCAAAGAGCUUUCUCUUUGAUAAUGUUUACAAAACAACUCCAUUAGAUGAACUUGAUGGUGCUUUAAGAGUUGUAGAUCCAAUAUUUGAAGGAUACAAAACAAAAAAACCUAUUUGCACAGUUUUUUUAAGAAAUUAUAAAGUGGCAGAGUGGUGA